CCAUUGAUAGAUAAUAACCAACUCAUUUUCCCAUUUAACUUCCUCGAAGCAGAUCCGUUGGUACGGUCCUAGUCGCUGCGCGGAUACACGCUGAUUUAUAAAGAAAACGAUGUCAGCACAAGCGCUAUGGUAAGCACGCAUGAGCGCUAUUAUUUAAUAUAUCUCAGGUCUCCACGAAGGCCGACGAUACAGGCUACAUGACGCACGAUAGUGCGCAGCUGUAUUAAAAUAUUGUUUAUGGAAGGUCAGGUUUCGGCUUCACCCUGUAAAUUGUAUCGGAUAAUCGCUUCUUAUCGUUCAGUGGUGAGCAGGGUUCCAGUUAUCACAGAACAUGGAUAGAGGGUGGUUUAUCGGACAGGAGAGAAUUCCCUAUCAGAAAUGUGAGCAGGAGCUCUCUCGACCCUGCAGCAAUGUCUCAAGGCCCUGCCGGACUAUCAACUUGACUGAAAUGCUCCACGCUAGUACGCCUGAUGCAAAAAAGAAGAAUGUUCCAAUUCGACCCCCAAGCCCCAGAAUUUCUCGGCCCAAGAAUCUAGAGUUCAGCCAUGGUCUCUCCUGUGAACCCAUGCCCAAAUCGAUCAUCCGAAGACGGUCCCACUCUUUGCCCUCCGCCACAGAGAGGAAGAAGCAUACUAGUAGUGUUGGUGUGCGUUUUAUAGACUCUCUGGGGCUUGACCUUGAAGACGUCAAACUCUUCACAGCCAGAGAGGAUCCGUUUGUCCCUUAUCAUGUCGCCUUUAGAUUGUUGAUGAGUGCAGAGUUAACAGAUGGAAGGCACUUGGAAAUCUCUUUGCCAUACCUGAAGCCAAUUUUUGCCCACCAGCCUGGCGACCAGCCUGAGUUUUUAGAUCAGCUCCACUUUCAGAAAGUUUGCCUUGAAAGAGUCCUCUGUUUUGAGCUGGGCGUCGUUGGAAUCACCCAAGUCCUCAAUUUGGACUUUGAGAAAGAAGUCAGUGUACGCUAUACUUUCACAGAGUGGAAGAGUUAUACGGAGACCAAAGCCUCCUGGGUAACCGGAAGCACCAAGCCCUUGGAUGGGAGUGAAGGCCAUCUCAGUUUUGACACUUUUCGUUUCCACCUGCCAGUCCCACCAUUCCUGCAGCCAGGAGCAGCGUUGGAGUUUGCCAUCCAAUAUAAAGUCUGUGGGGCUGAAUACUGGGACAACAAUGGUGGCCAAAACUAUAAGUUAGUUUGCCAUAAUCACAAGCUGACAGUGCCCAAAGAAUGUGAGGGUAGUCUGGUGCACUUCAUUUAGGAUGCUUGAAAAAAUACAGAAAAGGAACAGCAAGCUCUUUCCUUGCAGCAUUAGAAUUUGUUUACAUGCUGAGUAAUAUUUCACAUAGCAGCAACUUGUCUCACUAGGUUGCUCACUCGGGACACUUGGACGUUGAAAAUUAGCCAUUUUCAAUUGCUAUAAGAUAAUGUUAAUUGUAAUUGUUAACAUGUUUGUAGUUUAUUAUGGGCAGGCUUCUGUUAAAGCAAUAAUAUUUAAAGUUUACAUUCAAACAUUUCGUUUUUAAUACUCUAUAACCACUACUGAAUUUUAGAUAAUAGCUGAUCCAUGAAUAUCCAAAGUAUAAAUACUUUUGUAGUUGCUCAUUUUAAUCACUGCCAUUGGGCAGUUCCUCCUAGUAAAAAUGAUAUUAGCACAUAGCAUCGUCCCCAUUGUAGCCACAUUUAGAAAAAAAAGAUAGCAAUCAGCAAGUUCAAAAUAGAAGUUGUGACUAACAACUAGGCCAAUGGCAGACACCAACCUUAUAGAGGACCUUUACUACAUCUGGGAUUUAGAGUGGUCACACUCUUAUCAGUAUCACCAAUGUUUUCAGUAAAUUAAACAAAACAUGACAGUCUUCAGGAUUGUAGCUUCACCAAGGGAUUUAUUUGAAUCAAAUUAUUGUAGGCUCAGGGUAAAUAUGUUUGGACUACUCUUCUUCUACAUAGAUGAAGCCAAAGUACUAACUACAGAAGAAAUGUCCAUUAAGUAAUAUCUGACUCUUAUCUUAGUGCCAUUGUUUAAAGUGAGCAUUUGUUACUGAGAUCACACAAUCCAUCCGAGUCCAUUUUAUUACAACAAAAGGGUACUUUAUUAACCCGGCAUCUAUGAAGUUGACACAACUCUGAACAAAGUCACUCACUGUUAAAUGUUCAGUAAUAAUUCUAAUCCAAGCACUUUCGCCCCCUGGUUUCUACCAGUCGGGUCUUUUAUAUGGAAAAUGUGUACAAUGUAGGAGCUCACCUUUCUUAAUUGCCUUACAUCCAGAGUACUAUAUUUUAAACGGAAAUUUUCGAGCCAAAUGUUUACAUUAUGUAAUACAUGUUACAAUAAUGUCAUUGCAAAUCACGGAUGCUUUCACUGUUUAUACCUUUUAGAAUUAAAGCACAGUGAUUCCUGUUAAAGCGUUUUUAUUAGGGAGUUGUUCCUUAUCCGAUGCGAGGUCUAGGACAGGAUGUUGUGUUGCUGUAAAGCCCCUUGAGGAAAAUUUGUAAUUUCUGAUUUUGGGCUACACAAAUAAAAUUGACUU